AGGUCCCAGCCGGGCCAGACUGUAGGGCUAGGAAGGGAGUGGAUCGUGGGGACCCUUGGCGCACCCUCAGUCUCCCUCGCAAGCAGGAGGACCCGCCUGGGCGGAGUCUCGGACCUAGGUGCGGCCCCCCUGGGAGCCGGGGCGGGGAAGUGGAUCCAGUUACUUGGGCCUCCCCUUCAGUCAGGCCUGGUCCCAGGUCCCUCGCUUCUUUUCGAAAGUUAACUCCAACGCCAGGGUCCGAGAUGCCUGACCCAGACCCUGAGCAGGAAGUUGCUGAAGACGCCCCCGCCCCCGAGACACCCAACUGGAAGAGCUUGGAGGAGGCAGCUCGGGAGCCUGGUAGUUAUGAAACCCGGGAGUAUGAACCUGCUAAAUGGGUCAGUACCUCGGUUGAGUCAAUGGACUGGGAUGCAGCUGUCCAAGCUGGCUUUACCAAACUUCAUAAUUACAUUCAAGGAAAGAAUGAGAAAGAGAUAAAGAUAAAGAUGACUACCCCAGUGACAAGCUAUGUGGAACCAGGUUCAGGGCCAUUUUGCCAGUCUACAAUUACCAUUUCCUUAUAUAUCCCUGCUGAACAGCAAUCCGAUCCACCCAAGCCUUCAGAGUCAGAUGUCUUUAUUGAAGACAGAGCCGCAAUGACAGUGUUUGUGCGGUCUUUUGAUGGAUUUUCUAGUGCUCAAAAGAACCAGGAACAACUCUUGACAUUAGCAAGCAUUUUAAGGGAAGAUGGAAAAAUCUUUGAUGAAAAGGUUUACUAUACUGCAGGCUAUAACAGUCCUUCUCAGUUGCUUAAUAGACACAAUGAGGUGUGGUUGAUCAAGAAAAAUGAACCUCCCAAAGAAAAUGAAUAAAAAAAAAUUAUGCUAAGGGUGAAAGUUAA